AUGGAGAGGCGUAACAGCUUAUAACACAUUCUCAACCAAAAUGUCUUCCUCUUCCUCCACUCCCACACUCUACUCCUCCACUACUUCCAGAUUCUUCAUCUCUACCUCAACAUUACGACGUCGUUUACCCAUUGUAGGCGCGUUUUGCAUGCUCACUCUAGGAAUCUCCAAUCUCUACUCGCCCUUGUAUUCCUCUGCCCUCAAAACAGGAUCAAAAUUGAGUAGCAGGUUUUCAACAAAGAGCAGUAACUUCAUCAGAAUGGAAGGAAAUACCAAUAAUACCAUUGUCCCAAGCAUCGUUGUAUAUGUUACCGUUCCCAACAAAGAAGCAGGUAAGAAAUUGUCUGAAAGUAUUGUCAAAGAGAAACUUGCAGCUUGUGUCAACAGGGUACCGGGUAUAGAAUCGGUAUAUCUGUGGGAGGGAAAGAUCCAAACUGAUUCUGAGGAACUUCUUAUAAUCAAGACCCGGCAAUCCCUUCUGGAAGCACUGACAGAUCAUGUCAAAGCAAAUCAUGAAUAUGAUGUGCCAGAAGUGAUCUCCUUACCAAUCACUGGGGGCAAUCUCAAAUAUUUAGAAUGGUUAAAAGAGAGCACUAGGGAGUGACUAUCGAGUUUAUAGCCAGACUGUGUGGUUUCAAGACUCAUGUUCUUCUUCUGCCUUUGUGUGUCAAAUAAACCUGGCAUGUCAUCUAUGUAACUAGUGGAUGGUGUCGGAAUGUUAUUAUUGUAGAGGAUGAUGAUGAGAACCAACGCUGUAUUACUGCUGAUGGCUGCAAUUAGAUGAAUAUGAUUUGAUGUUUGAGUGGAUCUUUUCUCUCUGAUAUUAUGCGCAAUGGAACUUUUUAUUUGUA